AUUCGAACUCUGUCACUGUGAGCGGAGCGACGCCGCUGAGCAGAGAGAAAGAGAGAAAGACAACGCAGCUAACAACACACACACAAUGGCGACCACGGCGACCACGGCAGGCGGGACGGGCUCAGGCUCCGGCGGACCGGCCACCGGGACCCCGCCGACCGCGGUGGGACGGAAGAAAGACGGCGGUCCGUCCACUAAAUACUGGGAGAGUUCAGAGACGAUAUCUCAGCUGGAGUCGGUGCGGCAGUGGAUCGGGAAGCACUACAAGAAGUAUGUCCAGAAUGACUCCCCCUCCAGUAAAUCCUUGGCGGGCCUGGUGGUCCAGCUGCUGCAGUUCCAGGAGGACGCAUUUGGACGCAGGGUCAACAAUCCGGCUCUUACCAAACUUCCUGCCAAGUGUUUCCUGGAUUUCAAGGCAGGAGCUGCUCUCUGUCACAUCUUGGGGUCGGUCUACAAGUUUAAGAGCGAGCAGGGGUGGCGUAGAUUUGACCUGCAGAAUCCUUCCCGGAUGGACAGGAACGUGGAAAUGUUCUUAAAUGUAGAGAAGAACUUGGUCCAGAACAACUGCUUGACCCGACCCACAGUCUUCCUGUCAACGGACAUCGAGCAGAAACAAGCCAGUAAACUCAAAGACAUCAUCAAAAGGCACCAGGGCACCAUUACUGAUGACAAGUCAAAGGCCACCCACCACAUUUACCCCUCUCCAUCCCAACAAGAAGAAGAUGAGUGGCUUCGUCCUGUCAUGAGGAAAGACAAGCAGGUGCUGGUUCACUGGGGUCUCUCCCCAGACAGUUAUGAUACCUGGGUAUCAGCCGGCGAGGUGGAUGGGGAUGUGGAGGACCCACCCAGCACUGACAGGCCAUGGAAGGUCCACGCCAAGUGGGUUUUAGACACGGAUGCCUACAAUGAGUGGAUGACUGAAGAAGACUACGAGGUGGACGAGAACAAGAAGCCAGUCAACUUCCGUCAGAGGAUCUUCCCAAAGGAGGAGGAGUCUUCCCGUACACCCGAUCGCAAGGAGCGCAAGGCCAACUCUGCCAGCAAGAAGAGGAGGCGCUCGCCCUCGCCACCCAGCACUCCUGCCGAGUCCCGAAAGAAGGGAGGAAAGAAGGGGAACCCGGGGCCCCACUGGAAGCGACGGGGUCACAGAGGCGAAGAGGAGGACACAGAGGAGGACAUGACCAAGGACCUGGACGACUCCUCGGCUGGUGCCAGCAUGGAGGAGGGCAGCGUGUCCAAAAAUGCAAAUUCAAAGAAAGACAGUGAGAACACCCCUGUGAAAGGAGGGACAUUGGCUGACUUGGAUGACAUGGAGGAUGACUCUGUGCUGUCUGGUGGAAAGGAUGAUGAGGAACAGGGCAAAGCUGAAAUCAACCGACUGAUGGACUCUAGCGAAGACAAUGUGACUGAACAGACUCACCACAUCAUCAUCCCCAGCUACGGUGCUUGGUUCGACUACAACUGCAUCCAUGAGAUUGAGAGAAGAGCCCUGCCCGAGUUCUUCAACGGAAAGAACAAGUCCAAAACUCCAGAGAUAUACCUGGCCUACCGUAACUUCAUGAUCGACACAUAUCGGCUAAACCCUCAGGAGUACCUCACCUCCACCUCCUGUCGCAGAAACUUGACCGGGGAUGUCUGUGCCAUCAUGAGGGUUCAUGCGUUCUUGGAGCAGUGGGGUUUGGUGAACUACCAGGUCGAUUCUGAGAGUCGCCCAUUGCCCAUGGGCCCCCCACCCACACCCCACUUCACUGUGCUGGCUGACACACCAUCUGGCCUCAUGCCCCUGAACCACAGACCCCCACCGAUUCCUCCUCAACAGCCAAUGCCCAACUUCGCAGACAAAAACAAAGACAAGGCCAUCGACCUGCAGAACUUCGGCCUUCGCACUGACCUCUACAACAAGAAAAAUUUCAAGGGUAAAGCGGUUAACUCCACCAGGGAUUGGACCGAGCAGGAGACUCUACUGCUGCUGGAGGCCCUCGAGAUGUUCAAAGACGACUGGAACAAAGUGUCUGAGCACAUCGGUUCGCGCACCCAGGACGAGUGUAUCCUGCACUUCCUGCGGCUGCCCAUAGAGGAUCCAUACAUGGAGAGCACUGAGGCCUCCCUGGGCCCUCUGGCCUACCAGCCCAUACCCUUCAGCCAGUCUGGAAACCCCGUCAUGAGCACAGUAGCCUUCCUGGCCUCUGUGGUCGACCCCAGAGUGGCGUCUGCUGCCGCCAGGGCAGCUCUAGAGGAGUUCUCCCGUGUGCGUGAGGAGGUGCCAGCUGAGUUGGUGGAGGCUCAUGUAAAGAAGGUGCAGGAGGCGGCCAGGAGCACAGGAAAGGUGGACCCCGCUUUCGGCCUGGAGAGCAGCGGCAUCGCUGGCACCGCCCCCGAGGAACCAGAAAAGACUGUAAAUCAUCUGUCUGCUGUGUGUGUUUCACCAAUCAGCGACGGUCAUCCCAGUAAACUCCAACCCAAAGAAACCCCCGAGGCAGAGAAGAUGGACACGGACACA